GCAGCAAGUAUUUUUAAAAGGAUAGCCACGCGUUUUUUCAAACUUCAAACGUAAAACACAGGUAAUUCGUUGCGUUCCAUCAUUUAGUGUCCUAUGGACGUUUGUCUACCAUUGUAGAAAUGUUUAUUUUCAGGUAUCAUAAGUAAAAUGAGAUAAUGCUUGACAGCAAAAUGGCGUUAUGGUGAUAACAAACAGCAACAACAAUUAAACGAAAUGAAACUAAACAAGUGAGGACGGGACUUGGCAGCUGUUUAAACAUAAUAGCACUGUGUAACGAGAGCUUGUACGCAAUUUUUCUCCAUGCAGCGCAGUUUUAAUUUCAAUUGCAGUAUCAUUCAGAAUUGAUAUUUGGGCAGGUGUUGCAGAUGUCCCAAGCCGAAUAUGUAAACUCUAUAUGUGAUGUUUGUGCGAUAUAAAAAGUGCGUCAGCACAAUCAUUUUGAACACAGUGUUCUAGUGUAACAAGAAGGACAUGAAGUUGCUGUUCGUGUUUUGCGGGCUUCUCGCGGUCGCCUUAGCUUCAAACCCAGAAGAAAAUCUCGAGCUCGACGGACGAGAUGCUGGUCUUUAUGAGGGAGACAUGCAGUUGACGCCUUAUCAGGCAUUUAUGAUUGAGAGUGGAGCUGGCGAUGUCCGGGGCUCAAUUAUAACCAAAAAAUGGCCUGGUGCAGUGCUAGUCUAUGAGAUUGAGUCUUCAUUAAGUUCAGAGUCAAGUGCGAUGGCGGUUAUCCGGAGUGCCAUGCGGGAGUGGGAACAGAAAACAUGUGUACGCUUCAAGAAAAGGACCACGGAGAAAGAUUAUGUAUCAUUCUAUAAGGGAUCGGGAUGUUCGUCGCAUGUGGGCAAAAAAGGUGGACAACAACAAAUAUCAUUGAAGAGUGGAUGUUGGAAACACGGCAUUGUGGUUCAUGAAAUCGGUCACGCGCUUGGUUUCUAUCAUGAACAAUCUCGUCCUGAUCGAGACAAUUAUGUAACGAUAAUGUGGGAUAACAUCAGAGACGGUAAAGAACACAACUUCCGAAAGUAUGGCACCAAUAUUAUUGAUUCUCGCGGUACACCUUACGACUAUGGAUCUGUCAUGCACUACAGAUCAAAAUCAUUCUCAAAGAACGACAAACCAACAAUUGUUCCUAAGAAGCCUGGGGUUACCAUUGGUCAACGAAACGGACUCAGCCCUAUUGACGCCCAGCAAAUGAGCCUGCGUUACUCCUGUCAAACAGCAACAACUGCAGCCCCUCCAACCAAUCCGUCAGGAACAACUGCAGCCCCUCCAACCAAUCCAUCAGGCUCCGCGACAAGUUGUAAUUUUGACAAUGGUCUGUGUUCCGGAUGGUCCCAGUCCAGUUCUGACGACUUUGAUUGGACAGUUCGUUCCGGAGGAACUCCUUCUUCUGGAACAGGACCUUCUGCAGAUCAUUCGGGUUCAGGUAAAUAUAUUUACAUCGAGACAUCAUCUCCACGCAAGGGCGAUGACAAGGCUGUCCUCAUUUUCAACGGAUAUACAGGAGGGCCGGCUUGUCUAUCCUUCUUUUAUCAUAUGUAUGGUCGGGACAUCAAUCUACUGAACGUGAAACUUGGAAGUACAGACGUUUUCCAGAAGAGCGGGUCUCAGGGAAAUCAAUGGAAAAAAGCUGAAUUUUCGAUCAACGGAAGUGGAGAUAUUAAAUUCGAAGGGAUUCGUGGAUCAGGCUAUAAAGGAGACAUUGCUAUUGAUAAGUUUUCUUUAACCGGGGGGUCAUGCAGAGGAGGAAGUGGAAUCACUCCUCCUUCCUCAGGCACACCGGUGAAAUGUACUUUCGACAGCGGUCUUUGUUCUGGAUGGUCCCAGGCCACCUCAGAUAGAUUUGACUGGACGGUUCAAAGUGGGAAAACACCUUCACGUGAUACAGGACCUUCAGCUGACCAUUCGGGUUCCGGUAAAUAUAUUUACAUCGAGACAUCAUCUCCACGCAAGCCCGAUGACAAGGCUGUUGUCAUUUUCAAUGGAUAUACAGGCGGGCCGGCUUGUCUAUCCUUCUAUUAUCACAUGUAUGGUAAGAAUGUCAAUCAACUCAACGUCAACCUUGGAGGUACAAACGUUUUCCAGAAGAGCGGGCCUCAGGGAAAUCAAUGGAAGAAAGCUGAAGUGUCGAUCAAUGGACGUGGAAAUAUUGAAUUCGAAGGAAUUCGUGGAACCAGCUGGAGGGGCGACAUUGCUAUUGAUGAUUUCUCUUUAACUGGGGGUUCAUGUAGAGAUAGACGUGGAAUCACUCCACCUCCGCCAGUAAACCCAACACAACGUCCUUCCUCAGGUAAUUGCGGAGAGAAGCCCAGUGUUGGCGUUAUCGAUGGAACUAAGGCUAUGAAUAGCAGUUGGCCUUGGCAGGCAAUACUUCGAACAACGUCUGGGUUCUCAUUCUGUGGUGGCUCACUAAUAGCACCUCAGUGGGUAGUGUCUGCUGCUCAUUGUGUCAAAGGAAAGUCUCCCAGUAGCCUUACAAUCAGGUAAGAUAAAUGUAACAACAUUAAUUUCCAAACGACGCCGUUUUUCUUGGAUUCACGUUCUUUGCAAUUUUAUUGCACAGUUGCGAGACAAGUUUAACGAG